AUGGCGGUGUUUGCGAACACCAGCAUCACUAUCAAGGUGCUGGAACCUCGAAGUGGCGAGAAGCCACAAGAAGGUGGCGACUACUACUGGGGCAUGGUGGACAAAGCUGCGCCAAAGGACGUGUUCCUGAUCAAAGCCACUGGAGCGAUGAAGGUGAAAGAGCUGAAGGCUGCCAUCGCUAAGGAGAAGGGCUACGCAGCAGAAAGUAGACGUUUGAUGUAUUUCGGCGGCGAGCUGGAGGAUUCCCGGACAUUGGAAAGCGCCGGCAUGUGCAACACAGAUGAUCCAUUGCUCCAUCUCAUUCCAGAGGCCUGA